CGUGGGAUAUAAGAGAAGAGAGACAAAAACAGACAGAAAGGCAAAGACUCGACAAAUUGGGUUUGAUGAAGUGUGAUGCCAAACUUGUGUUUGUCCCAAGACAAACAACCCCGAGAACGAGCCUCAAUGGCGUGAACCCCUUUUCUAUACCUUGACAUAAUAAAUUCAUAUAUUUUUAAUAAAUAGUAUCUUCAACCUUUUUUGAAACUCUCACUUUUGUGUUUCGUGCACUUAUCUCACAUUAGUCACAUUAAGAUAUUAUAUACAAAUAUAAUAGGUAUAUAGAUAGAUAGAUACAUAUAUGUGUGUUAGUUCCUUUUGGUUGAUAUAAAAGAAGAGAAGAAGAAGAAAAAGAAAGAUAGCACAAAAAGAGCUUAACAUAGCUAAAAUCACUUUGAAGAAUAUGAAGCUAGUUAGAGUCAUCUUCUUUCUAUGUGCAUUAGCCAUUGUAUUGCUUCUGACUCCAACUUCUUCUCUACAACUUAAACCUCCCUACUCAUCUCCUAGCCAAGGUUUGAGCAAAAAGAUUGUUACGAAAAUGGUGACGCGAAAGCUCAUGAUCAUCUCUAGUGAACAUGUGAUGACGUCAACAGUUCAUGAAGGUUCGAGCGAACAACUUCAAGUCACUUCUUCAGGAAGAUCUAAAGGUGAAGAGAAGAAACUAAGUGAAGAAGAAGAAGAGAAGAAAGCUUUAUCGAAAUAUCUAUCGAUGGAUUAUCGUACGUUUAGAAGAAGACGGCCAGUUCACAACAAGGCUUUACCUCUUGAUCCAUGAAAACAUUAUAUUAUUUCAGAAUAACUAAUAAAAGUUUUAGCUAGAUGAAUCAAUUAAUAAUAUUUGUUAUUAGGAUGGUUAUUGGUUAAUUGGUUGUAUACAAUUGAGGAACGUAGUAACGUAGUUUAGUUUCUUUGGGACCAUUGAGGAACAAGUUUUGGCGAUAUUAUUGUAAUUAACGGAACAUGUUCGUGUUAUUUUUUAUGUAGUUUUAAUUAAUGAUAAUGGCCGACAAAACACU